AGUUGGCGCUGUGAUGCCGGCGCUCCCAGGCCUGCGGGGGCCGCCCACUCCACAGAGCUCUCUCUCGGAGGAGGGGGCACACAGAGCCGCCACUGGACAAGAUGACGGGCACCGCGGACACCCCGUCCGGUCGACCAGGACUGGCGGCCGGCAUCGCAUCCAUCCAGCGGAGUGCAAACUCAGUUCUGACCCGCGUCUCACUGGGAAACAUACACUCCAGCGCUACUGAACGAAAGACCGCGAAUGUCGGCGGAGCCGCAGCCAGCACAAUAGCAAAAACAGUGCUGGGCAGCUCGUUAGAUUCAGACGUCAGUGAUCCGCAAAAUGCACCGUCCAGCGACACCAUAUCGCCGGGACAUCCUCCUCCAGACGAAAACGAUGACCAAGAGGACGGCCAUGUCACCGUGAUGUCCCCCUCCGUGCAGACGCAGUGCUGGAGUCCGAUCUCUCUGCAACAGGCGUUGAAGACUGGCGACAUCCAGCUGAUCGUCAAUAUCCUGCAGAGUUCGUCGCUGACCGAGCUGAACGUUCACGACGCUGCUGGCCGGUCGCCACUGAUGCUGGCCAUCCAUCACGACUCCCCUGAGGUGGUGACCCUGCUGUUGGAGCGAGGUGCGGACCCGAACGAGGACGGCCACGUGGGCGGCGCCUCGCCGCUGUACGCCGCUGUCGUCUGGCGCAGACUCGGCUGUGCGGAACGGCUCCUGCGCGGUGGAGCUCACGUCAACGCCUCGGGUGUUACGCGCACCGCGCUACACUACGCGUGCACUGCAGGAGACGAGCCGAUGGUGGAGGUACUGCUGCGCUUCGGAGCAGACGCCAACCUCCUCGACGACAAGCGUCGUUCAGCACUGCAUGCGGCGGCCGAGGCAGGUGCUGCCGGCUGUGUGCGUCUUCUGGUGCAGCAUGGUGCGCGUGUGAACGUCACCGACCUCGAGGGCGUCACACCGCUGGACCUGGCGCACUGCACCGCAUGUCAGCGCGACCUCGUCGACGUGGAGGCAGCGCUGAGUGCGGUGGGCUUUCGCCGCCUGGUGCGCCACAGUCCUGCAACGCUGAUGCACAUGCUCGAUCUGGGCGUGCAUCGCGCUGAGGGUGGCGGUGUUCAGGUGAGCUAUAAGCCGUUCCGGGAGAUCGGUGUCGAGUGUCCCUUCGAGGCCGCCCUGGUCAGCGAGGUACAGCGAAUCGGUCGCUGGGAGCUAGUGCAACAUCCCGCCGUGGAAGUGCUGCUGGAGCUCACCCGACAGGACAGCUACUUCAGGACCAUCAGCUUCUCGCAGCUGUUCACCUGUAUGCUGUUUGUGGUGACGCUCUUCACUGCAAUGGUGGUCGAGGUGUACCAUGAGGACGAGUGGGAGGUGUUCACCAUUGUGCUGAAGGUGGUGUUGAUUCUCUUUAAUGUGCUGCGAUUCUUCAAACACUUAGUAGAGCUGGCCUUCACCGGAAGGCAGUAUUUUCGAGCGCUGAGAAUCUGGCCAGGGGUAAUGACGACCAUGCUGACAUUUGUAGCCGUGUUCCUGAAGGAUGACUUGUCAAGGCGGAUCACGUUUUCUGUCACGAUCCUGAUGGCCUUCGUCGAGCUGACCCUCGCUAUUGAAGCGAUUUCAGUGUGGAAAACGACCAGGGCGAUCUCUUCGCUGCUUCACGUCACGCGCAGCAUUGUUGAGUAUUUGUUCAUGUACUCUCCUCUUCUCAUCGGGUUCUCCGUAGCUUUUUACGUGAUAUUCGGAAGCGAAGAUCAUAGUCAGGACAACAUCUUCGGUGGUAAGCUGUUGGUGAUGAAUAUGGCUGCUAUGGCGCUGGGACAGGUGGACCCGGUCGAGGCUGAGCGCUUAGCUCCAAACUCAUCCGUGGGGUUUGCAGUUGCGACGAUCCUGUUCACUAUCUUUGUCGUGAUCGUGCCGAUUGUGAUGCUAAACCUGCUGCUCGCUUUGACAAUCAGCGACACCGCAAAAUUUCUCUCGAAGGGUGGCAUAGAGUUCCUGAAGAACCUUGCAAGCACAAUUGCGUGGAACCAGCACGCCAUCUUUACGUUUGACAUCUGGGUGCGGCGACUGAGUGGCCACCUUCCCCAGAGACUCUACGUCAGACUGGCUACGCUCUCCAUGCGGCUGAAGUGGCGCAGCACGCUGCCGAGGCCCUCCUUCACCGAAAAGGACACUCCAGUGAUCACCGUCGACACUGUCGCGCACGACGCGAGAACGAUGCGAGCGCACGUCUCCGGCAGCAAGCGUCGCUUUAGCGUCAAGCGGCGCUUGCAACAGGGCCUCGGCAAGAUCGUCGAGGCGACGGCGGAGGUCGACAGAAGUGGUAGCGUCGACACGCCAUCACCACACCGACGUCGGCGUCACGCGGGCGGAGGCUACACCGACCUGAGCACCCAGCUGCGUGACCUCAGGGACGCGCUGGCCGAACAGCGUACCGCGCAGGAGGCCCUGAGUGAGGAACAUCGCGCGCUUCACCUGCACCACUCUGAGCAGCGCCGGUGGAUCCAGCAGGCGCUGGCCGAGCAGCAGCGCUGGACGCGGGAGGCGCUGGACGAGCUGCGCGGGGCGCUGGACGAGCUGCGGGAGGUCGCCGUCAACGCGGCCAGGGAGAGACAGGUCGGUGGGGAGGGCGGCGACCAGCAGCAGUCAGUGCGGGAUGUCCUUGUGGAGCUGCCCAACACGCUGGAGAGGGUGGUGGCGGAACUCAGGCGGACAGUGGCGAACGCUAAGGCCGACGGCACAGUAACGCGGUUGUGAUGUGUGCUUGAUAGUUUUAGUGAAUUUGUACGUAUCGUACUUAUCUGACUUCCUCACGGGCUAGAGGCGCCACUCCAUUGCAUAUAGACUUUUAGCUUGAAAAGAAAUGGCUAACAUUUCAUCUACUCACGGUGCUUGGACAUGUUCAUAGAUUUUUCGUUCGUAUAACUGCUCAUAACGAAAACGUCUCUAAUGAAUUUAAUUUUCCCUAUCUCUACGUUUUUUUUUCUUCGCCUUCUCUUCGUGCGAAGACUAAUUUUUAGAUAACAACGUUUUGGCUAAGUUCAUCUUUCACUCACGCUUUUUACAUGUUGUGUUUAAGUAUGUGUAAGGAUGUUCAUAUUUUGACGUCCUGUUUUGAGAUUGCCUGUAUUAAAGUCAUUACAAUAUAUGCAAUGUUUUCGCUCACUAAGGGUCAA